AAGAUUAGAUGUCCAAUUGGGGGAAAGGGUGUAACAUCUUAUAUUACAUCAGGUCGUUCGAACCAUGGUACAGGCCGUGCCCCGUGUUCAUAUCGGCUGUGUGACAAUAAUGCAAAUAACGUCAUCCCUAGUCUGGAACAUAUGUCCGACAUAUGCGCAAUCACUAACAGAUGCUGCACUAUUUCUUCAGCGUGGCGGCAUCGACCAUUACUAUCGUCCUUUUCUUCUCUUCUCUCCUCCACGUACAUUCAUCCCGCGGUUAACAGACCCCUCAGUGUCCAGCCACGAAGCUCCCACUUCCUAUACAGGAUUCGCCAAUAUGUCGUACAGCAUGCAGUAUACAUAUUGAGCCUUUUGUUCUCUCGGGCCGAGUGCAUAGAUGGGAACCACAGAACCCAAAAGGCCUCAGCAUCUUCUUUUCGACAGCCCAGGCGUGGCAUGACGAUUGACCAUCUUUAUGACCGUCAGGGAUAUAACAUAGCUUGAUGGGGAGAGUAUCAGCGCCCCUCUAAUUCACGGAAGCCAAGACACCUCACCCCGCCAACUACACCACGAUAUUCGUUGUCGUAUGCCCAGCUGGACUGCCACGAUGACCACACUACAGAUCGACUCCGUCACAGUUUGUGGCCGCAUGAGCCCCGUUCUAGACGUUACCCCUUCCAGGUGUCUAGUUGCACUUUUCAUUCUUUUUGUUGCCUCCUAUCCCCUAUAUUCUCUAUACCUGCACCCACUUCGAAUCUAUCCCGGGCCGAAACUGUCAGCCAUCACUCGCAUACCGUAUUGGAUUGCCUGUCUCAAAGGAGACCAGGUUCGAUGGCUGGCAACUCUACACCGUCAGUAUGGCCCCGUGGUGAGGUUUGGGCCGGAUGAUCUCAGCUAUGCCGACGGGCGGGCAUGGAAAGACAUAUGCCUCGUUCCCAAGGGCAAGAAAGAGAACGUAAAGGAUACUGCCUUCCACGCUCCAUCCGCCAACGGAGUGCCAAACAUUGUCUGUCAGAAUGACAUUGCCCACCACGCGAGAUUGAGACGUGUUUUAUUACCGGCAUUUUCCGAGAAGGCUCUCAAGGCCCAGGAGCCGCUGCUUCAGAAAUAUGUCAACCUCGUGAUUGCCAGGGGUCGCGAAAUGCGUGAACUCGACAUGUCAAAACUUAUGAAUUUUGCAAUGUUCGAUAUCAUGGCGGAAUUCGCUUUUGGGGAAUCGCUACACAUGUUGGAGCAGGGUCAAUACUCGGACUGGGUUGCGAAGGUGUUUAAUUCCAUAAGGAUUUUACCUCUUGUUCAAAUGAUUGAGCAUUAUCCCAUGCUCAAGAAGAUAUUCGCUUUCAUUGAGCCUAAAGCUAUCGCCAAAAUGCGCCACGACCAUUUCAAUCACACAGUAAUGCGCGUCAACAAACGGCUGAAUAGUGGAUCUGACCGACCUGAUCUCUGGGACCUCAUUCUAAAAUCUGAAACUCUUACGCUUGAAGAGAUGCAUGUGAACGCGGAGCUGUUCAUGGCCGCUGGCACGGAGACUACUGCUUCUGUUCUUACCGGAUUGAUUCACUAUCUUACGGCAAAUCGCGACAAGAUGAAGAAUUUGACAGAUGAAGUCAGGACGCGGUUCAGACAUAGCGAGGAAAUCACCCUAGAAACCACCGCACCUCUGAGGUACUUGAAUGCUUGUAUUCGAGAAGUCAUGAGGAUCUAUCCUCCAGUUCCAUCCGGUCUACCACGCAUAGUCGCAGAGGGUGGCAAUUCUAUCCUGGGUAAAUGGGUCCCGGCAGGCACUCGUGUAUCAGUGCACCAGUAUUCUACUUACCACUCUCCAGAGAACUUCAGAGACCCCGAAAGAUUCGUGCCCGAACGCUGGCUUGGAGACCCUGCGUAUAAGCAUGACAACCGUGAUGCACAUCAGCCGUUCUCAGCUGGCACUCGAAACUGUUUAGGCAUGAAUUUAGCGUGGCAUGAAAUGAGAUUGAUGCUGGCGAGGCUAGUUUACGAGUUUGACAUUGAGUCAAACUCUGGGCCCGACUGGCUCGAUCAAAAUGUCUAUGUUAUCUGGGAUCGGAAGCCCUUGAUCUGCCGAUUGAAGCAACCCGCACCACAGAGAUGGAUAUUCUAAAGGCGGUCGCAAAAAAUCCAAAUUAUUAAUAAUUGCAGUCGGCAACUUUGGUAACCACUCAUCCCAUCCUUUAUUUCUCACACAUCAUCUCGUCGUUAUUUGUCUUCAUCAAGCUUGUCGGCAUUUGCUAUCAUUUCUUCUGAUCUUUCUCUGAAUUCUUUCAUUAUCACUACAUUGGGAGCUGGUGUCUCUAGAAGACAAUAGAUAGCUGUGGAGCAGGCCGAGCCGCUCCUCUAUCCAUACAGCAAACUCGCCACAGCCAUAUUCUAGUAGGAUUUGUUCAGUCUCCCUCGAUCAGGGUAUCUGGUCUGUAAUGUCCCAAGUGGACAUGUGCCGACGGGGGUUUUUAUGUCGGAUUAUGAGUUAAUCGAAAUGUUUGUUUAUGAGUUAUACAUGGCCAGUCCUUUUAUAAUAAGUUCGUUUUUGGCCAUACAUAGUGGUGGCCUUAUGGCGCGGUCGGUGGAACUCCGUGCAGGAGCGUGUAAUAAAUCUUUGCCUA